UCUUCAUCCUCACAGAGCUGUCUGCAUUUCUCCCGAGCUAAAACCUGCCUCUUCUGCAGUGGCAAGAUUUUGAAAUUGAAAGUUAUUCCAACUCUGCUCUGGGCUGGAUUAACCACCAUGGAGGCCUCAGAUCAAAACCCAGGUGGCUGCAUCCAGCUGGAGAGAGCUGUGCUGGUUUCUCCUUUUAUUUCCACUUUGCACUUAUUUUUUUAUCCUCUCUUUAGGCCCACGCUCUGGCGGAUGGCUGGCGGAGAGGAAUUGCGAUCAAUGGAGUAAAGGAGAGGCAUAGCUUUGCUUUGCGUUUCUCUACAGAGAUGUUUAGGUGCCACGGUGCUGAGGACAGUAUGCAAACAUAUAGAACAGAGCAGAUUAAUAACACCAUAGGUAUCUGUGCAGGACUGCAGCUGUCCUACGGGGAUUACGCUGAGGGCCAAGCAAACCUUUUCUUUCUUUAGACUUGCAAAGUAGGCAAAAAUUUUAGCAGCCUGAGGGGUUUUUCUUCCUUUUUAACUGUUUAAAAUGGAAAAGUACCUUGAAGAGUGCAAUAAACCGGACUCUGAAAACUCGCCUAGUCUGUAUUUUUAUCAUCAAAUCGAUGGUGGUCAAAAUUUAACUAAAACUUGGUGCGAUUUAUAGCAUACUCAUGCAUUGGCCUGCCUUAAUUUUAUUCUGAAAUACUACUUGAAAAGUUUAAGUGUAGUAGUGCUUAAUCAGUAUUUGUUGCUUUUUUUGAGUGCUGAUAAUCUGGAACAAAUAGAAUUUUGAAACGUGGAGAGAUUCAGAAUGAGAAGCAAAUACAAUGCAGAUAAACAUUUUGUCUGUCUAGACUGCUCAGAUCUUUCAGUAAUCUUUGCAAAUAUGUUAAUAUUCGUUCGCCUGGAGCUGCUAUGUACUGAAGCAAGAAGGUUUUGGGAGAGGCAGAGGAAAAUUUAUACAGAUUUUCAGGGGGCGGAAGCGUGGGGGGGGGAGGAGGGGAGGGAAGAGGGGUUGCUUCUCCUGUCUGUAUGUGUAGAAUUUGGUGUAUGUCUUAGCGAUGUCACUUCUGUGCCUUUGCUGUGGACAGCCCUCAGUGCAGCAUGACUGGGAAGGGGCUUCUGGUGUGUUACACAUGUGAGGGUUUGCUGUGUAAAAUCCAUUGGUACCUGCCAAAAUCCUGUUUUUCGAUCAGGUGGCGCUCAUUGCCACAGCAUCACCUCAUGAAGCAGUGACCCCAGUUUGGGCGCUGAGGUUUAAACCGUUUGGGUGGGCAGAGCCCACCGAUAUAUCCAUCCCCUGUGCCCUCUGCGCGGUGAGAUGUCUGCACCUUCCUACCCCACAUGUCCUCCCCGUGACAAGAGGGGGGAGGAGGAGGGGGCAAACCGACAGCGCGAGGUUUUUUAGGCACUCAGGAUGAGGGUUUCCCCUCAGUGCCAUCUGCAGCUCCAGCAGGGCAAGGCUUGGCGCGACCUCCGUGCCCGAGGAAGGAGCAGUCGGCGGAGGCCCCGCUCGCAGCCUCAAAGUUUGCGCGGUGCUCGGCGCGGCUCGCGCUCUCCGCUCGUACGCCGGGCGCGGCGGCGGGGCUCCCGUUAGGCCUCUGCCCGGAGCGGCGGGGCCCGCCGGGGGCUCAGGGGUUAACGGAGAGCUGCAGCGGGGAGGUGGCUCCGCCUCCCCGCUCAGCACCUGGCGCUUCACCGACAGUUGCCUCAGCAGUCGAUUUCGGAGGGGAUUGGCGGAAAAACCAAGAGGGGGAGAGAAAUGUGACAACUGCCGGGGCUGGCGGCUGCUGCGGGGAGGCCUCCGCACCUGUGCCUGCCUCUCCGCCGCCCGGCGCAGUUGUGGGAUCCGGCGAGCCCCGCCACAUCCUCCCUGCAGACCGCCGCCGCGCCCGGAGCGCAGCAUGACUUCUUCGUUCAAGCUGGAUUUCCUUCCGGAGAUGAUGGUCGACGGCCGCUUGCUGGUCUCUGAUAGAAUUAACGGCACAGCUAACAAGAUGAAUGGAGCUUUGGAUCAUUCAGACCAACCAGACCCAGAUGCCAUUAAGAUGUUUGUUGGACAGAUUCCCCGUUCAUGGUCGGAAAAAGAGUUAAAAGAACUUUUUGAGCCUUACGGAGCUGUCUACCAGAUUAAUGUUCUCCGAGACAGAAGUCAGAACCCUCCCCAAAGUAAAGGUUGUUGUUUCGUAACAUUUUAUACAAGAAAAGCUGCUCUUGAGGCACAGAAUGCACUGCACAAUAUUAAAACUUUACCUGGGAUGCAUCAUCCUAUUCAGAUGAAACCUGCAGAUAGUGAAAAGUCCAAUGCUGUGGAAGACAGAAAAUUGUUCAUAGGAAUGGUUUCGAAGAAGUGUAAUGAGAAUGAUAUCAGGGUGAUGUUUUCUCCGUUCGGCCAGAUAGAAGAAUGCAGAAUCCUUCGGGGACCUGAUGGGCUGAGCAGAGGCUGUGCGUUUGUCACAUUUUCUACAAGGGCAAUGGCACAGAAUGCAAUCAAAGCCAUGCACCAGUCUCAGACCAUGGAGGGCUGC